AUGGAUGUUGCUGAGGUCACUGAUACUGCGGGAGGCACUUCUGAUACUGUUCUCCAAGAACCCGGUUUGAGCUUUAUCAUUUAUGCUGAAACUGUACUACAUGCAAUCAUUGUUCUGCAGAUGUCUGGAGAAUUUACUAUCCCUUCUCAGUAUGUGUUGAAGCUUCGGACAAGAGAUGCAAGAAGCAGAGAAGCGCUUGAAUCUUAUCUGAUCGGUGGAGAUUAUUCAAAGUCAGACUCUGAUGUAUCUCAAAAUUCUUCAAGACAUGAAGAACAUAACAACAACAACAACUCAUUUAAUGUGGCCGAUACAAGACAGGAGUCAUUAUAUGAAGUCUGGAAAGAAACAGCUUUGCAAGAACAAAGAAACCUUUACUCGAUUCUGGACGACUACCUUAGCACUCAAAAAAAUUCACAUGAAAUGGGAAAAAUCAACACGAUGGCCUCAAACCGCAAUGGAUAUUGUACUGCCCAUCAAAACAUACACUCACUGGAACAAUCCAUAACUCAGCAAAGGCAUUAUGGAACUGAACAACUAAGUUUCAGACCAGAAGUUAUGUAUGAAAGACUUCAGGACAUGGGAAACUUGGUUGCAAAAGCAUCAAUGUUUCCUUCAGGGAUCAAAUCUUUAGCAGAUUAUGUUCAUAGCAAAGGGCUUAAAUUUGCGAUCUACUUUGAUGCUGGGGACAAGUCCAAAAGAAAUAUACCCAAAGAUGAGCAAAGCUCUGAUGAACUCAGGAAAAUCUAUAUUCUUAUCUUUGUGUGA